AUGAUCAAGCCCACCGCCCCAGAAGACCCAAAGGCCCAGGAGCCAACACGUCCCGCAGUUGUGCCUGCCAUCACACAAAAGAUGGUGUUCCCAAGGAUCACUCCCACUCCCGAGCAACCUUUCGAAUUUGUUCUCAACAGCGGCAAGGUCGAAGUCCACCUCAAGAAAGAUGCGCACAUCCAGUGUCGCGUUUUACCCUGCGCCAAGGAUGAAUCGGAGCCAGAAGAUUCGUUUCUCGGCUUCUUAGGCCGCCUAUGUGUGAUCGUGCUGAGCGUCCUUAUCAUCUAUAGUAUGUGGGGCAGUUCAAGCUUCAGACCUAGUAUCUUGAGCAAAGAUGGGCCUGCUGCAAAGACGAAGACUCUGAUCCGCCAUGUCACUGCGACAGUGACGACUACUCUACAGCCAAGCACCACCACCUCUUGGGCUACCACGACUGCGACAUAUUCUCUCCAGCCAAGUACGGUUACCUCUACCAUGACGGAGAGAGUUACUACCAAACAGACCAAGACUGCCAGCACGUAUUAUAUCCCCUCACCUGGCAAGUUUACUGUGCAGGACAGUAAACUAUGGUACGCAGUCUGA